UCGUGACAUUCAUUCGGCUCCUCUUAUUAAGAUCACCACCGAAGGGGAACAAAAAUGGGACUCGCCUUCGCAAUAGGCAUUCUGUGGCUUUUCCCACCGGUACUUUUACAACAGCAGAAAACACCAGAAAUCAUCUUUCAACGGAUUGAACAAACGUCAGGGUUCGACAUACUGACCAGCAAUCUUCGGGUCACAAAAUUCAACCGAACUUGUGCCGUUUUGAAUGGAACUGUGGAUUUAUUAGUUGAUCUGGACAACAGCUACACGUUCCAAGGCAAUUUGGCGUACAGUCGACUGGGCAACAAUCAGUUCAACAUGUCUCCGAUGAAGGUGCCGGAAGAUCCCAUGUGCGAUUUCUUGAACGAUACAUAUCGUGAAUAUCAGGACGUGUUCGAAGAGAAAACUAAUCAUCCGUUCAUUGAGCCGGAAGGAUUGUGCCCGUUUCCCGCGGGACUGUACUGGUACAAGAAUCUGGUGGUCGACGGUUCAAAGUUGCCGUACGAUUUUGAGGAAGGAUACUAUCGGGUUACAAUUUUGAUCACGGGAGUAGAGAGUACCAUGGAGUUGAACGUUUAUCUUACUUUAGCGUGGGAAUAGAAUGGUGUUGUUUCAAAAA